AUGAGCGGACAAACCUCAGGCACAGCAACGCCUGCACAGGUCGAGCAGGAGACACAAUCCGGACGAGUCGCAAUCGGAGUCUCAUUCGGCAACUCGUACAGCAGCAUUGCCUACACCAACCCUUCCGACGGCAAGGCAGAGGUCAUCGCAGACCCAGACGGUGACCGACAGAUCCCUUCGAUCCUCUCAUACGUCAGCGGUGAGGAGUACCACGGCGCCCAAGCCAAAGCACAGAUUGUUCGCAACCCACGAGACACGAUCACACACUUCCGCGACUUCAUUGGCAAGUCCUUCAAGGAGAUCGACCCUUCGCCAUGCCAAGCGAGCGCACACCCAAUCGAUAAGAACGGCUCAGUAGCGUUCCAGGUGCAAGAGAAAGUGUCAGAGCAGGAGGAUGGACCAAAGCCGGAGAAGAGCACAUUGACCAUUGACGAGGUGACCACAAGACAUGUGCGGAGACUGAAGCAGUCUGCUUCCGACUAUCUUGGCAAGACUGUCAAUGCAGCAGUCAUCACAGUCCCAUCCGACUUCUCAGACGCACAAAAGACGGCUCUCACCAAAUCUGCACAAGAAGCCGGCCUUGAGGUGUUGCAGUUCAUCAACGAGCCAACAUCGGCACUUCUUGCACACGAUGCAAAGGUCCAACUCAACGGCGAGGCUCAGUCUUCGCAAGACAAGAACGUCAUUGUGGCAGAUCUCGGUGGUUCACGAUCCGAUGUUGCGGUCAUUUCGAGCAGAGGCGGCAUCUACAGCACUUUGGCUACUGCGCACGACUACGAUCUGGGUGGCACUAGCUUGGAUAAGGUCUUGAUCGAAUACGCAGCAAAGGAGUUCCUCAAGAAGAACAAGAACUCCAAGGACCCCCGCGAGAACGAGCGCAGCUUGUCUAAACUCACACUUGAGGCCGAAGCCGUGCGGAAAGCACUCAGCUUGAGUGCCUCUGCAUCUUUCUCGAUCGAAUCGCUUUCCGACGGUAUCGACUUCAGCUUGAGCGUCAACCGAUCACGAUUCGAGCUUCUCGCCAACAAGGUCCUUAUGUCCUUCACCCGUCUGAUUGAGAGCGCAGUACAGAAGGCCGACCUCGACAUCCUCGACAUCGACGAGAUCCUCAUCUCCGGCGGUACUGCACACACUCCAAAGAUUGCAUCGAACCUCCAGUCGCACUUCCCAGAGAGCACUAACGUCAUCGCACCAAGCACAAGCCCGACCGCAGUCAACCCAAGUGAGCUCACUCCACGAGGUGCCGCGAUCCAAGCGUCCCUUAUCGCAGAGUUCGAGCAGCAAGAUAUUGAGGAGAACACUGAGGCCGUAGUGACCGUCACACCCCAUCUCGGAAGCGCCAUCGGCCUCGCAACCGCCGACGACCAGUUCGCCGUCAUCAUCCCACCACAGACACCAGUCCCUGUGCGGAGAACAGUCCAGAUCCCCGUCAAAGCUGGCGGUGACGUACUUCUGAAGCUCGCAGAGGGUGUACGAGAGAUCAAGGUCACGCAAGCGCAGAAGCCAGCCACAAAUGGGAACAAGGACGACGAUGACGAGGAUGAGGAUGACUCGGAUGAUGAGCCGGAGGAGACUAGGGAGAAGGUCUGGAAGGCUGGCAAGGCUCUCGCAGAGGUUGGCAUCAAGGGCGUGAAGAAGGGCGGAAAGGUUGAGAUGCAGGUCAAUGUGGCUGCUGAUCUUGCUGUGACUGUUGUUGCAAGGGAAGUUGGCGGUAAGGGUGGUGUUAGAGGUAGCCUUGAGGCUGGCCAGCCGCAGGCGAAUGGUAGCGCUUAG